UUUUUCAAAUGGAAGAAGAUUUUCCUGAAAAUGUUUCUGAAAUAUCACAAUUUAAUAAAACUUCUGGCAAACGUAAGGCAGGUGAAACCAAUCUUCGAAGGGUCCUAGUAAAUAAGGGCGGACAUCCAAGAGAUCCCGUCUGGGAAGACUUUGAAGUUGGUAAAUCUGAUGCUUUACAUUGCAAAGGUGAAGUCCCUGAUGAUAUAAGGCAUUAUUAUCUAAUUCAG